GCACCUGGACCCGGACCAGCACCUGGACCUGGACCCGCACCCGGACCAGGACCCGCUCCUGGCAGUUAUGCAACUGGCCCUGCACCAGGACCAGGGCCAGCUCCCGGACCCGGACCCGCACCCGGUCCUGGACCCGCUCCAGGAGGAGGAAACGGAGGUGGUAGUGGAAUGGGAGGAUACAGACGCCGUCGUUUCCGCCUCCGUGUUCAUCGUGUUCGCCGCGUCUAAAUUACUUGAUCAUCUGAAGGAGUCUCACACAGUUUCGUGCUGUAGCUAAAU